UCUUCCCCCUCCAAAACGCAAUCAGCAAGACCCGUCGCUAGAGAGAGAAAGUCUCGCCGCCGUCGUCGACCUCAAGAUCGCAGCCAUGGCCAAGAUGAUCGUGGCCUCCCCAUCCUCCUGCAAGACCCAAAUCCCACCUCCCCUCUCCGCCGCAAAACCCAAGCAACCCCCAUCGCUCCCCCAGCUCAGGCUCCCGAAGCCCCUCGCCUCCCUCUCCCUGAAAUCACUCCCCCUCCUCGCCGCGGCGGCGGCGCCCUCCGCUCUCCUCCUGGCCCAGCCGCUGCCGGCGCUGGCGGAGGAGUUCGAGAAGGCGGCGCUGUUCGACUUCAACCUGACGCUGCCCAUCAUCGCGGGGGAGUUCCUGCUGCUGAUGUUCGCGCUGGACAAGAUCUACUUCACGCCCAUGGGGAAAUUCAUGGACGAGCGGGACGCGGCGAUCAAGGAGAAGCUGAGCAGCGUGAAGGACACGUCGGCGGAGGUGAAGCAGCUGGAGGAGCAGGCGGCGGCGGUGAUGCGGGCGGCGAGGGCGGAGAUAUCGGCGGCGCUCAGCAAGAUGAAGAAGGAGACGCAGGCGGAGGUGGAGCAGAAGCUGCGGGAGGGGCGGCGCAAGGUGGAGGCGGAGCUGGAGGAGGCGCUGGUCAGCCUGGAGAGCCAGAAGGAGGAGACCAUCAAGGCCCUCGACUCCCAGAUCGCCGUCCUCAGCCAAGACAUCGUCAACAAGGUCCUCCCCGUCCAAUGAUUUUUAACCAUCCCCUGCUUUUCCCCCCACGCUUUGUAGUUAAAAUCAAUCCAUGCCGAGAUUCUUCACUGCAUCUUUGAGAAGAAGAUGAAAGGAAAAGGCUUUUGAGAAUUGGGAUUGGAUUUGGAUGCAAGAAUGUUUGGAAUUCUUGAAUUAAUCCUUAUAUUAUCUGUGUAAAGAGAUACUUUGUAAGUGGUAAUGUGACUUCCGGUUAGUGCAAUGCCA